GAUGGACUUCCCCAGCACCCUGCGUCCUUCGUUGUUUAUGGCCGGUCCUCUUGGCAUGACUGAUGGCCCCGACUUGUCCUUCAUGUGCAGCUGGAGAGAUGCACUGACCCUGCCAGGGGCCCAGCCACAGAACUGCAGGGUGAGGAUGGAAGUGGGGUCCUUUCCUUGGUCUCUUCUUCAUUCACUUAUCGGAGAAAGAGGUCCCAGCAGAUGCUAGUGCUGUGCACCGGCCGCCCUACUAUCCAGACAGAAUCUCUCAAUAGAGGCUGUAGCUCCUCUUUCCUUGCUCCCUCUCCCUGGGUUCAGCAAAUGUUUAUUAGCCAGUGUCUCUGUGUUAGGGUCCUUACAGGCCCAAGAGCCCACCAUGAGGAGGUCAGGCAAACCCACCCAAGGGACUGCCAGUUAUGGUGGGAGACAGUACGCCGAUGGGCAGACCCUGUGUAGUGUGGCCUUGGCUCUACUAGAUCAUGAAAUGGCAGGGGAAGGGGACAGGAUUUCUGCUCUUGGGAAGGCCAUCUUCAGCUGCCUUGUAUUGAGUACGUAGAGGGGAGCAGGUCAAAGAGAGGGUAUUGGGGGAGGGGAGUUCUUGGUCCUUGGGACAAGGGAGACUUGUUGGUACCUACUUGGAACCCAUUGAAUGACAGGACUCAGAGGAAGUGGCUGAGAAAAUUGGAGCUCAUUGCGUUCUGGGUGGGACAGUCAAGAUAUAGGUGCUUCCUUUGAAAGCUGCUAUGAAUGGAGUUUAGAAUACAGGCUCUGGAGUUGGUUGCCUGGGUUCAAGUCUAUGCCUGUUUUUAGUUGACUGUCACCUAGGGCAAGUGACAGCAGCCUCACCCUUCGGGUUCUACAUUAGCACAGUGACUAGCUUUUUAGAUUUGUCACGACGACUGAGUUGGUUAAGGGCAGGGAGCGCAUACUUGCCAUGUUAUUGCUGCCCUGUAUCCCUAGGACCAGACAUCGUCCUUUGCCAAGAACCUGCUGUGGGAGCCAUCGACACCAGGACCCCUGCCCCUGGUGCCUCCUGGCCCUGAUCCCUGGGACCCUGGUCUGGCAGCUCAGGACUUCCUCUUCCGGGGAGGUCACUACUACCAGUACCAGUCUCGAGUUGUGCUGGAUGUCACUGAGCAGGUAAACGGUCUCUGGGUGGGACUGUUUCUCACAGCCUGAGCUAUGCUGACUCACACAGCCAUUCCCCACAGCUCAGCCGCUUCCUGUGGGACCAUGGGGAUAUAGCCUUUGCACCCCUGGGGAAACUCAUGCUGGAGAACUUCAGAUUGGAGGGGAACCGGGUGUCCCUGGGCUUCCCUCAGCCGCCGGCUACGUCGAUUCUCUAUCCUGGGGGGUCCCGUCCUAAGCAGGUCCGUGUCAUUGCUCAUGGGGAGGUUGCUGCAUGAAGAGCUGGCCACGAGGUGGGAGCAGUUGCUGAUGGAUGAGGCCUUCACCGGGGGUGCUUUGGCCUGGCUGCCUGGAAGGACAGCACGGGCCGGGCAGCUGGUCUACCCUAGUGGAGGUGCCUUGGACAAGCUGUAUUUCCAGGAGGUCAGUGUGAAUUCAGGUGGCAACCCUCGGGUCCUUGAGGACCCUGGGCACAUCCAGCUGCGGGGACCUGUACGGCAGGUGGUGACUAGCACUGUCCAGGGAGAAACGCUUCUGGCCGUCCGCUCUGACUACCACUGUGCUGUGUGGAAGAUUGAUAAGCAGGAGCCACCAGCACCCCUGCAGGUGCUACAGGUGGAGAAGGGAGCCACUGGUAUUAGCCUCAGCCCUCACCUGUCAGGAGAGCUGGCCAUCUGCAGCCGUUCUGGAACUGUGUGUCUGUGGACCCCACAAGAUGGACUGCAGACAAUCUACAAGGACCCUGAGACGCUUGCCUUCCGUGAUCCGUCUCCCUGGCGCUGGGCAGACUUUACUGCCCAUCCCCGGGUGCUGACUGUGGGGGACCGCACGGGUGUGAAAAUGGUUGAUAUUCAGGGCCCGCCGGGCUGUGGGCUGCUGCUGUUCUGUGCUGGAGCAGAAGCUGCCUGCCAGAAAGGAGAACGGGUGUUGCUUGCCCAGUACCUCGGGCAGCCGGGUCCUGCCUCUACGUCUCUACAUCUCAUCUGCACCCAGUUCUCGAUCUACCUGAUGGAUGAGCGCCUCCCCCUGGUGCCAAUGCUUAAGUGGGACCAUGGCCUGCCAUCUGCACCCCUGCUUGCCCGCCUGCUACCCCCAGCUAGUCCUGGCUAUCCCCGGCCCCUGCUACUGGGGGGCCAGGGUGGACAGGUUCAGCUGCUUCACAUAGCAGGAGAGGGGACUUCCAUUCCCCAGCUGGCAGGACCUCCUCAGUCUCUGCCCUCCAUCACCGACUCCCUCUCUGCCUUUCCCCUGCUGGAACCCAAGAGGCAGCAGCAGCUGCAGGAACGUCUGGAGGCGCCGGUCAUAGGUCUGGCCGCUGCCCCGCCCUGUGCCUCUGCGCCAGGCCUGUUGCUCUUCCAGCUCUCAGCAGCUGGGGACGUCUUCUACCAGCACCUGCGCAUCCAGCAAACCUCCAGCCUCAGAGAGCCUGAUCACCCAGCACCAGAACGGCCUGCAUCCAGGGCGGCAGCACCUCCAGUGGACCAGGGAUCCACACCCUCUUGGACCUCUCGGGCCAGUGCCCGUUGCAGCCGCUGGUUGGAGGCGCUGAUGGAGUUGUCCCCCACUAAUCCAGUGUGGGCUGCCCCCACCUUCUCCCACCGCCGUUUUCUGGGCCACAUGGAGCGGCAGAAGAGCCAGGAGACCCUGGCACAGAAGCUCCAAGCAGCCAUGGCCAAGGGGCAGCUCCUGCGGCCUGGGGACCUCGGUACACUCCCCAAGGCAGAGCCACCCCCUGCACCGCAGUGUAGCCAGCAGGAUGAGCUCACUGAGCGCUUAACCAAAGCCUGGGAAGGCCAGGCAGCUGCCUGGUGGAAAAGACAUCAAGAUCAGACCUCCGGGUCCCAGAGACAAUCCAAGCGGCCCAAGCGCCGGACUCAGCUCUCUAGCACCUUCUCCUCGUUCACAAGCUACAUGGACUCCCCAGAUGCCAGCAGUGCCCCUCACAGCCAAGACCUCUCUAACUCUGAGGCCUGCCCUCAGCCACCCAGGACUCCACCCUCCCAGGAGUUAACGCAGGAGCUGUGGGCCCAAGGUGUGCAGCAUGAACGUCGCCAGACCCUCCGGGACUACAUGGCCAAGCUGCCACUUCAGGACAAUCCAGGACCUGUGGCUACACCGCCCUCCCAGACCUCUAGCCGCCAGACCAGGUCUUUCAGGCAGCAAACACCUGUCCUCUCUGGCUCCCAUCCUCCCCGGAAGAAGCCACGAAUGGGCUUCUGAGUUGGGGAAGCAUGUCUGAGAACCUAGCCUUCAUCCUGGAGCACUGAGCUUACCUAUUCCAGGGCAGAGCCUCUACCUCCCAGUGUGCCCGUGGGAACUUGAGCAGUUUGGAGCCAGGCUGAAGCAAUGGGGAACAAAUCUGUUUUGUAUAUUUGGUGGUAGGUUAUUCCUGAGAGCUGGCUGCAGAGAGAGCCAGGAGACCAUGCACAGGAACUCUGUGUAGCCAUGGCCAAGGGCCAGCCAGCUCUUCUAGCCUGGGGAUCUGCAUAUACUCUCCAGGGUAGAGCUACCCCUGCACCUCAGUGCAGCAGGGUUGCUAGAAAGGAGGCCAUUGUGUCAGCGUUAGCCUCCUGUCCUUGAAGGUACCUCAGCCCAAGUGCCUCCUGACAUGGCUGUUGUGGGUCAUUUGUGCGACAGUCCACAUAGGUUCAAUAGGGGUUGACGCUUUGACUCUGGGACUGAAUAAACUUGUCCACUGCCUUGA